GCACCUCCCGGAAAGGAGCUUGUAUAAGAGGCUCCGUCAGCUCGGUCGAUGUUCGCAUUCUGAACGCUCCUCAUCUGUCAAAGUUCCCAAAAGGCGUUACAUGGACGGAGAGCAAAGUCUCUGUUCGCGUUUACAGUUUUAAAUUCUUGCCUUUUGUCAUCUAACCGGUCAGCAUGGCUAUGGCUGAAGCGGUGAUGCCUGCCUUGACAUCGUUUCUGAAUGGUCAAACUAUGGAAGGAAAACAGUUCGACAAUAUGUGCAAGCUGGAUCAAUGUGCACGCAGCAGCGCAACAGGUGGCACAGACAACCCGCUCAUCGAAGUGGAGUUUAGCAUAGUGCAGUCUCCUGCUUUACUAGCCAAAGACGACGACGAGCUGGGGAGAUUCGUGGACCUCGAGUUCAUUUUGUCUAACACUAUAGACUCCGAUGUUGUAAGCAACAACGGGAACAUUUCUCCGCAGCCGUGCUUGUACUCCCUGCCGGAGUCACCCGAGAGCUGCAGCGGUAGUUCUGUGCCAGACUGUAGUGACCGCCCUCCAUCUCACCUGGCCGCGCAGAGCUACCACGGCACGGUAAGCUUCACGGGCUCGAGCCCAGUCCGCAGUCUCAUGGAGGAGCUUCUCACGCCAGAGUUGAGUUACUCGGGGGAGAGUUCACCGGAGUGCGAAGGAAGGGCGAGAUGCUUGCGGGAGUACACCGAACUGCGAGCGUUGAAUCCGGUCCCGGUUUCAUCUACUCCCACUCAUCACCAAGUAGCCACGUCUUCUCCACCGCUUGGAUACAAAAUCAAAACCGAGUCCGUAGGCCAGUCUUGUAUGAUGGCUACUGGUGACUUUAUGGGACAGAUGUAUGAGAAUCACCAGAUGCGCUCCGUGCACCCAGCAGCUUUUACGCACCACCAGGCUACAGUCCCAGGUGGGUUGCCGGGAUUCGGUGCGCACCCCAUGCAGCACCCUGCCCCUCAGGGACGCACAGACUGCCAUUUGACACGCAUUAACUCUCAUCCUCAACACCCUAGUCAACAGCAUCUCCAAAAUCAGUACAUGAACGCGCCCUACCACCCGCAUUACACGCACCAGAGUUUGGCACAGUUUCAAGGACAGUACAGCAUCCACAGAGAGCCAGUCCGCGUUCACCAGCAGCACCAUCCGGCAUCCAUACAGGGGGUGAUGCUCACUCCUCCUUCGUCGCCAUCGUUGCUGGAGUUUUACGCUCAGGAUGAGGCGGGGAGCAUCAAACAGAAACGAGGCCGCAGAUCGUGGGCCAGAAAACGUGCUGCGACGCACAGCUGCGAUUUCCCCGGCUGUGGAAAAACCUACACCAAGAGCUCCCACCUCAAAGCCCACGUGAGAACACACACAGGUGAAAAACCCUACCACUGUAACUGGGAAGGCUGCGGCUGGAAGUUUGCCAGGUCAGAUGAGCUGACCCGUCACUUCAGAAAGCACACCGGACACCGACCUUUCCAGUGUCACCUGUGUGAGCGUGCGUUUUCCCGCUCAGAUCACCUGGCUCUCCACAUGAAGAGGCACAUGUAGGCCAACUUAUGGAUACUUUUGUAUCAAAAUCCAUCACGGGACCAUACCUGGAGCAUCCCAGAAGAAGCACGAGUUGUCCCCUCACUAUUGGACAGUUUAUGCAUCUGGCCCUAACCAAUGAAACAAAACGUUCCUGUUAGGGCUUUAGCAUUUGAACAGUGCCUUUUGUAGAGAGUUUACAGCAACCUGAUCAUACCCCACAUUUAUUCAUAUGGGGACGUUUUAUGUUUUUCAAAACAAGUGGCUCUCUAUCAGAAAAUAAGAAUGAGUGCUGGUGUUUUUAUUGUACAUAUCUGUGGAUAUAUGAACUUUGGCUAAAUUAUAGUGGUUUCUAUUUAA